GGGAAGAGCUAGGAGCGCCGCCGCCGCCAUUUUGUCUCUGUCACUCUGGCGGCAGCGCGAGCGCGCGGUCGGUCGGGGAAGGAGCGUGGGGCAGGGGGGCGAAGGCGGCGGCGGUGCUUGGCAAGGGGCCACUCGGGUAUCAGGACACGAUGAUAUCGGCCGCCCAGCUCCUCGACGAGCUCAUGGGCCGGGACAGGAAUCUGGCCCCGGAUGAGAAGCGCAGCAACGUGCGGUGGGACCACGAGAGCGUUUGUAAAUACUACCUUUGUGGGUUUUGUCCAGCUGAAUUAUUUACAAAUACCCGUUCUGACUUAGGUCCAUGUGAAAAAAUUCAUGAUGAAAAUCUGCGUAAACAAUAUGAGAAGAGCUCUCGUUUUAUGAAAGUGGGCUAUGAAAGAGACUUCCUGCGGUAUUUACAGAGCUUACUUGCAGAGGUGGAACGGAGGAUUCGAAGAGGGCAUGCUCGUUUGGCACUGUCACAGAACCAGCAGUCAUCAGGUCAGGCAGCUGGACCUACUGGUAAAAACGAAGAGAAGAUUCAGGUCUUAACUGACAAAAUUGAUGUACUUCUACAACAGAUUGAAGAAUUGGGUUCUGAAGGAAAGGUGGAAGAGGCGCAAGGAAUGAUGAAACUUGUUGAACAGUUAAAAGAAGAGAGAGAGUUGCUGAGAUCUACAACUUCAACAAUUGAGAGCUUUGCAGCUCAAGAAAAGCAAAUGGAAGUUUGUGAAGUCUGUGGAGCCUUUUUAAUAGUAGGAGAUGCACAGUCCAGGGUGGAUGACCACUUGAUGGGAAAACAGCACAUGGGUUAUGCCAAAAUUAAAGCUACUGUAGAAGAAUUAAAAGAAAAGUUAAGAAAAAGAACUGAAGAACCUGAACGUGAUGACAAGUUAAAAAAAGAGAAACAAGAGCGAGAAGAGAGAGAAAAAGAGAGGGAGCGUGAAAGAGAAGAGAGGGAAAGGAAGAGACGACGUGAGGAAGAAGAAAAGGAAAAAGAGAGGGCACGUGACAGAGAAAGACGUAAGAGGAGUCGUUCCCGUAGCAGACAUUCAAGCAGAACAUCUGACAGAAGAUGCAGCCGGUCACGGGACCACAAAAGAUCAAGAAGCAGAGAGAGAAGGCGAAGCAGGAGUCGAGAUCGACGAAGAAGCAGAAGCCAUGAUCGGUCAGAAAGAAAACAUAGGUCUCGCAGUCGGGACAGGAGACGAUCAAAAAGUCGAGAUCGGAAAUCGUACAAGCACAGAAGCAAAAGCAGAGAUCGAGAACAAGACAGGAAAUCUAAAGAAAAAGAAAAGAGGGCAUCUGAUGAUAAAAAAAGUAGUAUGAAGUCCAGUAGUCGAGAAAAACAGAGUGAAGACAGAAAUACAGACUCGAAGGACAGUGAUACUAAGAAUGAGGUCAAUGGGACCAAUGAAGACAUUAAAUCUGAAGUGCAGCGUAAGUAUGCACAGAUGAAGAUGGAGCUAAGCCAAGUAAGAAGACAUACUAAAGCACCUUCUGAAGGAAAAGACAGUGUAGUCCUGCAAAACAUUUUGAGGUACAUUGUUUUGUCUCAGCUAUUUUGUAGCAGACUCAUGCCCCCAUUAGUGUGCCUCUUUGGAACAUAUUUGUAAUAUAGUCUCCAUAGAAAAUUUAAUUAUCCUUUUUUUAUUUUUAGGGAUUUUGUCGUUUUUUUUAAAAAAAUUGAACUGUUUUUGUAUUUAAGUCCAUAUUGUGUUGGUACAUCAGCAGAAACAUUUGCUUUAAUACUUAAUAUUUCUGAGGCACAUGUUGGACUACUUUGUUUUUAUAUAAACUGCUAGUAUUUCUUUGUCAAGGAUGUUUCUAGUUUUUUUGCUUUAUUGCCUUGCAUUCUAAUGCAGUUUGUUCUGUAACUCGAGAGCCAGUAGCAUUGGAUUGAUGGAAGUGUAGGGUUUAUGAAUUAUUGCAGCUGACUACCAUACCUCACACAGCGUUGGUGUUGUGAGCGGCCCAUGAAAAGCCAAAUUAAAAAUCAAGGAUUCAGUCAAACUAAGCAGGUACUCAUGCCAGGUACUCCUUUCUCUACCCACAUCCAUGUUUGAAUGCUGUUGCCUGUAAUCUUUAAGCUUACUGUUGUGUUUUUAUUUACAAGAAAGUGAAAAGGAUUUUUUGUGUAUUGUGUGAAAACUAUAAAUCUGAUGUUAACAGAAUGGAAUUUUCUUUCAACUGUGUGUAGGGAUGCAGUGCUGCCCAGAAUUAGAUAUCUUUAAGAGUUUUAAAUGCAAUAAAUACUACAUAAUAAUCGCCUUGUUACAUUCAAUGCAAUUCAAGUCUUUAAGAGGUAUGUGUUUAAUAUUUCCUACUGUGUAGGAGAAUUUGCAGUCAGCCAUAGUACAGAGCAGUAUAAUGGCUGAUCCCAGACUUGUAAAGCAAAUGUAAAUACAAAGGCUGAUGCCUAAAAUUUUUAAUAUUACAUGGCAAGGAUGUAUGCUGACAAUUCUCAUUUAUUAUGAAGAAACUAAACAUUAGGAAAUAUAUAGAUAUUAAAAAAACUUUAAAAGUUUUUCCAUUUUUGACCUAACUUAAGCGUACAUAAAUGGUUUUUGAUGUAUUCCUAAAAUAAGGAGCUAACAUUGGAGAAGACAGCUGAUAAAUUAGCUACUUGCAAUAUAAACUAUUAGUAUAGUUUCAGUGUUUACACUAUGAACUCUUAAACACUUAAGGUUUGAUCAUUAGACCAUUAAGAUUGCAUUAUUGCUUCUGGAGCCCCUAAUUUUCAAUGUUGAAGUUUUAGUAGAGUAAGAUGACAGCUAAGAACUGGGCCGAUAUUUAGAAGUGGCAAACUAACCUUGCUUUACGUUGUCUAAUUGUUUGCUUUCCCAAAAUUUUGCAUUACAGGGCUACCACAUGAAGAAUCUGCGAAGAAUCCGGAAGACAGCUUGCAAUGAAGAUCUGCUUUAAAUGAGGUGAAAGAAAGCUGUAGUGGCAUAGAAAAAUAUAAAGUUCGGUUAGAAUUUUUUUUAUAAAAUUAAUUCAGGACUGUUGUUACCUCCCAGAGUGCAGAGGGAUGAGUUAAUAACAUACAUGCCACUGAGAAUAUAAGUCCUGUAUCAUUUUUUUUCUUUAAGACUUUUUAAGAUAAGAAACAAACAUAACAUGAACCCAUGGCUUGCUCAGUGUUUAUUUGCAAGAUUUCAUUCUUGGACUUUGAAACACAAGAAUAAAUGUUUAGUAUUUGUGUGAAUUAAACUAAGUUGAAUCCCAUUUUUACAACUAGGAUAUAUCUAGCUGCUUGAUAUACCAGAAAUGGAAAUAAAGUAUCUUUGAAUUUCUGUUA